CGGGCCCGGCGUGGCUAUGGCGGAGGCGGCGCUGGACGCCGUGCGAAAGCAUUUAUCAGAAUUCCCAAAUGCUGCGCGGGAGCUCAGCGUGCCAUUCACUGUGCCAUACCUGGAAGGGCCCCCGACCCCUCUCCAAUUCUACAGAGACUGGGUGUGUCCCAACAGGCCUUGCAUCAUUCGUAAUGCCCUGCAACACUGGCCCGCCCUAAAGAAGUGGACAUUCUCCUACCUCAGAGCCACCGUGGGCAGCACGGAGGUGAGUGUCGCUGUGACGCCGGAUGGGUAUGCCGAUGCAGUGUGUGGGGACCGGUUUGUGAUGCCCGCAGAGCGGCGGCUGCCUCUGGGAGCAGUGAUUGAUGUGCUGGAGGGCAAGGCCUGUCACCCUGGGGUGCUAUAUGUGCAGAAGCAAUGCUCUAACCUCUCCUGUGAGCUGCCCCAGCUGCUGCUUGAUGUCGAAUCCCAUGUGCCCUGGGCCAGUGAAGCACUGGGGAAGAUGCCUGAUGCUGUGAACUUCUGGCUGGGGGAAGAAGCAGCAGUGACGUCUUUGCACAAGGAUCACUAUGAGAACCUCUACUGUGUGAUGUCUGGAGAAAAGCACUUCCUCUUGCACCCUCCCAGUGACCGCCCUUUCAUCCCUUAUGAGCUGUACACACCAGCAACCUAUCACAUGUCUGCGGAUGGCUCCUUCAAGAUGGUGGAUGAGGAGGCCAUGGAGAAGAUACCUUGGAUCCCACUAGAUCCCUUGGCUCCAGACCUGGUUCGAUUUCCAUUUUACAAGCAGGCCCAGCCCCUGCACUGCACAGUGAAAGCAGGAGAAAUGUUCUACCUGCCAGCUCUCUGGUUUCAUCAUGUCCGUCAGUCUCAUGGCUGUAUUGCUGUGAAUUUCUGGUAUGACAUGGAAUAUGACCUCAAGUACAGCUACUACCAGCUUCUGGACUCCCUCUGCAAGACCACCGAUCUUGCUCGGAUGGACCCUCUGUGAGCUCACUGGAUGGGUCACUCUAAGCCAGUCCAGAGAACCCCCUGGGGUUUUAAGGCUUUUUCCUGGAUAGACACAGGGUAUGGAUAGGGUUCUGUUUGGGACAGUUUUGCCAAACAGGCAUGGCCUUUGGAGCCAAGAACGAGCCAGGGCCAAGCUGAUCUAAACUCAGUCCAGCCAGAGAGGUGAAAGGACCUGUGGGAAGUCAUCUCAGGUCUGGUGAGGGGCUAGGGAUUGAUGGAGAUGUUCAAGGGGCUGGUUGGAGGGAGGAGGAGGGAAGAUGGUGCUGGGACCAGACUUACGUGUAAGAACCUUCCUGCUACCAAGUUCCUCUGUGAAUGGCAGUAACUCCAGCCCUUUCCCCUCGCCUUGUGAAGCCCUUAGCGAUCUCUAUAAGCAGCAGCCUUGUAAUUGGGACUCGUUCGGUUGAGUUCCUAUAAAUCUGUUUUUGGCCUUGA